AAACUAAUUAAUUAAUAACAUCAAUGGAUGGAUCGAUUCCACCAUUAAAAUCCCUCAAGCCUCUCCUUCUCCCUCUCUAGAGAGAGAAACAUUAAAGAACAAUACUAAUUUUCAUGUUUUACCAUCAUAAACCAAAACCAGAACCAGAACCAGAACCAAAACCAUGGAUGAAUAGAAGUUAGAGAAAGAUAUAGCUACUUUACUUUAAAGAGAAAAAAGAAAACUGAAGAUUUGAGCUUUUCAGAGCGAGAGAAACUACUGCUUCUUUAAACUGAUCUGAUCGGCUCCAGUUUUAUCUCUGCGUGAGAGAGAGAGAAUUCAGCCAUUCAAGAAGGAAAACCAACCCAGUUCUCUCUCUCUUGUUUUUUUCAAAAGAAGAAGAAGAAGAAUGGUUUUUAGAGAUGUUAUCAAGGAACCAAAGGUGAAGGUGGAAAGGGCAGAUUGUGAUUCAUCUCUUAUGGUUGGUUUGCAAAAUUGCGUUAUUUUGCACCCUCCCGUGAACGUAGAGCAAGACUUAGGACUUUUGCAUAAGAAUUUGCAUUUACUGGCAUAUUUGUUCUCAGAGAGAAAUAAUAACCAUUCGGAAAAUGUUGGAAUUGGUUUGUUGGAAAGAGAGAGUUCGAAUUCUGAUUAUGACCCUAUGGAUACGGGAGAGAAUCGUGAUGGGCAAGCAUCCGAAGACAGUCUCUUGCCUGGUCUUUAUGAUGACGCUGCAAUAGAUAUUUUGGCAUGGAGUUGCAGAUCGGAUUACCCCAAUUUUGCUUGUCUGAAUAAGAAAUUCAAAGCACUGAUUGAAAGUGGGUGUUUAUAUAAAGUGAGGCGGCAUCUUGGUGUUAUUGAACACUGGAUUUAUUUAGCUUGUAUUUUGAUGCCUUGGGAAGCUUUUGAUCCUGCAAGGCAGAGAUGGAUGCGAUUACCCAGGAUGCCUUGCGACGAAUGCUUCACUUAUGCAGAUAAGGAGUCUCUUGCAGUAGGAACUCAGCUACUUGUUUUUGGGCGUGAGUUGUUAGGAUUUGCUGUUUGGAUGUACAGCUUGCUUACCCAUGACUGGUCCAGAUGCCCACCAAUGAACUUACCCCGUUGUUUGUUUGGUUCAAGCAGCCUUGGGGAAAUUGCUAUUGUUGCUGGAGGAAGCGACAAGAAUGGGUGUAUUAUGAGAUCUGCUGAGCUUUAUAACUCUGAACUGGGUACUUGGGUAACUUUGCCAGAUAUGAACUUGCCCAGGAAACUGUGUUCUGGCUUUUUUAUGGAUGGGAAGUUCUAUGUCAUCGGGGGCAUGUCAAGCCAAACUGAUUGUUUAAGUUGUGGUGAGGAGUAUAACAUUGAGACAAGGACAUGGAGGAGGAUAGAGAACAUGUACCCUCUUCCCAGUGCAGGUCAUCCUGCCAUGCGUUCUCCUCCACUGGUCGCUGUUGUAAAUAAUCAACUUUAUUCCGCUGAUCAAGCAACCAAUGAGGUCAAGAGCUACAACAAAACUAAUAACUCGUGGAGUGUUGUGAAGAGGUUGCCAGUUAGGGCUGACUCCUCCAAUGGCUGGGGAUUAGCAUUUAAAGCAUGCGGUACCAGCUUAUUGGUGAUUGGAGGGCACAGAGGUCCUCAAGGUGAAGUUAUUGUGCUACAUACUUGGGAUCCUCAGGACAGAAGCACAGACAGACCAGAAUGGAAUGUUCUUGCUGUCAAGGAGCGAGCGGGUGCUUUUGUGGCAAACUGUGCUGUAAUGGGAUGUUAAUGCUUUGCUUCAUUCCUAUCCUCGGUGCAAAAUCCUUGACUUACGGAAAAAACCAAAUGUUAAAUUGAUUGGGAAGGUGACACUUGUUUUGUCAUUAUCAUUUUUAUCGCGAACUUUACAAUGUUAACCUGUAUUUUAUUUCUAUCUUGAUGCAUAUUGAUUUCAUGGAACAUAAAAGAUGGUCUUUAUCCUGUUGUGAUUCCAUUAAAGCAGGACCUUGAGAGGAAGAAUUUGAAGGCAGUCCUAUGCUUCAGAAAUUUUUUAUUUGAAGUGGCUGCUCUCAAGACUAAAACCUGGACACGUGAUACCAUGUGAUUGUAAGCCCAUAAUUAUGUAUUUGUAACAUUCUGUAUUUGAGUUGUUAAAGGUAUUCAGAUGAUCAUAAUUGACCACACAUUGACAUUGAAAGUCAUAUGAUUUGGUCUAGAUCUCAUUAUGCUCAUUUCUGUGGAUUUUUUUGAGGCUCCGAAUUUUGUU